AUGAAUUCGAGCAGCGGCGGAAGCGGCAGCAGCGGCAGCAGUCCCGGCGAGGCGCGGACGCACUGCGGUCUUCCCGCGCACCAGCGCCUGCAUCCGCCGCCGCGGCCGUCGUACCCGCCUGACCCGCGCGCGUUCGACUUCUCCUUUGCACUCAACAACCCCGAAUUCAGCGACCGCUGCCUCUCCCUCGAGAUUGCCGCGGAUGAGCUGGAGGACGAAGAAGGACGUGGGCAGGGGGAAGAGCAGGAGCAGGCGGAGGAAGGAUGGCAUAAGCAGGGACACGAGAACGGUCACGAGCUAGAGCGCGGAGAGGAAUUACGGAAGGGUGAAGGAGAGCGGAUGGGUAAUAACGGAAUGGCGUCUGCAGAUCUCGCUGCCACAGCUGGCAUGGACGGCUCAGAUUCAAGCACGAUCGAUGACGCGACUGAUGCAGCAGCAGCCUCUGCUGCUGGCGCUGACAGAAACAGUGGAGGUGCAGCAGCAGCUGGUGCUGCUUUCGUUGGCAACAGAAGCAGCAGCAGCAAGAGCAGCAGCAGCAGCAGCAGCAGCACCAGCGGCUGUGCAGAGCAGCAGGUGCAGGUGCCUUGUGAGUCGGCUCAAAAGCCCCGGCGGGUGCAGGUGCACGUGAUAUCAGCCAUCCUCGUGUCUCAGUCCGACUUCUUCAAAUCGCUCUUCUCGCCGCAAUGGCGCCCCCCUCCUCCUCCUCCUCCUCCACCUCCUCCUCCUCCUCUUCGACCUCUCUCUUCCUCGCCCUCAGCUUCAUCUUUCUUGUCUGAGCCUGAAUUUGUGAAGCCUCCUCCAGUCACCAUCCGACUCGCACCGGAAGAGCAACAGCCCUUCAUGCAUCUGCUGCACUACCUGUACACAGGGCGCCUGGGCUCCGAUGAUCCAGAGGCCGUGCUGCACCUGCUGCUGCUGGCAAACAAGUUCUCCGUGCUGUCCUGUGUGGACGUGUGCGCACACCACCUGAGAGAGUUACCUCUCACGCUUGACAUUGCCUGCACGCUACUCCGGGUCUGCUCCAACGUUGCUCUCUCUGACGCUGCUUCCAUCCUCCUCGCCUCCUCCUCGGCCUUCCUAGUAGAGCACUUCACCUCCCUCAACGCCACCUGGCACACGCCGACUUCCUUCCUUUCUGUUCUCUUCUCUCCCUCUUUCCACAUGCACUCUGCAGCCUCCUUCCUCCUCGCCUCCUCCUCAGUCUUCCUGGUGCAGCACUUCACCUCUCUGGACGCCACCUGGCACACGUCCGACUUCCUCUCUCUCCCUCUCGAGGCGCUGCAAGCUCUGUUGGGGAGCGACGACGUGGGAGUGCAGGCCGAGGAGACGGUGUUGGAGGCGUGCCUGCACUGGGUGCGCCACCACUGGCCGGACGACUUAGCACAACGCAAGGAGAUGCUGGGAAGGCUGGCAGGUAGCAUUCGCUUUCCAGCAAUGGCAACAUCCGCCCUGCACGCGCUCAUCACCACCACACCAGAAGCCGACUCCCCCACCCUCCACGCCCUCGUCACAGAAGCUCUCUGGUUCAAGUGCUCCUCGUUCGAACGCCAGCAACAACUCAUUCAAGACUCAAUGCAAAUGCACCAGCAGCAGCACAGGCGGUACCAGCGCCGGUGCCAGCUGUCCGUCUGUAGCGAGGUGCUGCUGCAAGAUUGCUACAUGCUACAGCCGGGGCAGGCGAUACUGCUGGCCGGAGGAGCGUGGCUGCAUGGCAAGCUCUUCUCACUCAAGGUCAUGCGGGUGGCGGCACCUGUUGGGGGAUCAGACUUUGGCCUGUUUCUCCAAGCCUCGCAGGGUGUUGGACGACAGUGUGACCAUAGAGGGGAAGAGGCAGAAGCACCACUUAUUGCUCACUGCCUCCUUCCCACCCUCCUUCUCACACCCCUUCCCACACCCCUCUCCCGCUCUCUCCUCAGCGGAGCCCCACGCACGACAGGGGUGUUGGACGACAGUGUGACCAUCGAGUUCACCUUUCUCGUGAAAGAGCACCCUUCCGGCCAAUUCGUGCAGCAGAAGCAGACCGCAUCGCACACCUUCAAAGGGCUCUUUAGAGAGCGCGGUUACCGCAGCCUGCUGAACCCCUGGAGCGAGGUGGUGAGGGACAAUGGCAAGUAUUUUCGCAACGGGGUGAUGCACCUCAGGGCGGACCUGAGGGUGCUGCAGCUGGGGGAGGGGCUGGCGCCCUUUGACUGA